AUGUCCUCCACUGGUGACAAUACUAGUACUGUUUGUGGGAUCACUGCUAGUGGUAGUCAAACGUCGACCUUGGUGACAGAAUGUGAGAGUCCUACUAAUGUGACUUCCCCCAUGCCUCCACCACCAACUAGACCCCCUAAAGGUGUAAGUUCUAGUACUACUUCUAGGAAGAAUGCUUCUGAAAUUCAUAAAGGUUUAGUUAUUGGCAAGGAAAUUGAGAGAUAUUUGAUUGAUUGGGGUAUUUCUAAGGUGUUUACCGUGACUAUUGACAAUGCAAGUUCUAAAGAUGUUGGAAUAUUUUAUCUUCAGCAUCGGUUAGAACGUUGGAAUGGAAGUGUCUUGAAUGGUGAAUUUAUUCAUAUGAGAUGUUGUGCCCAUUUAUUGAGUCUAACUGUGAGAGAGGGGUUAAAAGAGAUGGAUGACUCAAUAUUUAGAAUUCGUUCUGCGGUGAGAUACGUGAGGUCUUCUCCAAUGAGAUUGCAAAGGUUUAAGGAAUGUGUGGUGCAAGAAAAAAUUGAAAGUAAAAGUCUUCUAGUUCUUGAUGUAGAAACAAGGUGGAACUCUAAUUACUUGAUGUUGGAUGUGACUUUGAAAUUUCAGAAAGCAUUUGACUUGUUGGAAAUCCAAGAUACUAAAUAUAAAGAUGACCUUCGUAGUGGGGAAAGGUCAAGGGGUGUGCCUACAUUUUUUCAUGAUGCAACUGUACGUGUUUAUGGCUCUCUUUAUGUUACCACUAAUGCAUACAUGGAAGAGAUAUAUGCCAUUGGAUUGCAGAUUUUGACAUGGACUCAAACGGUAUUUGAUCCUAGCAAAAAGUUAGAAUAUGUAUAUUGGACUAUUGAUAAUUUGUAUGAUGAUGUUAAUGUUGAUAAACUGAAAACAAAAGUGCAUAACACUUUGGUUGCUUUAUUUGAGGAAUACUGGGUGGUUAAGGGUUCUCCUAUUGCGCAGUCAAGUGAACAAUCUCAACUUGCAAGAAAUAUUGAUGUUACUAAUCCAAAUGUUUCUCCUCAAGCCACUAUGAAGGCUUGGUAUAAACAACAAAGGGUUGGACAGUGUGCUUUGGAGCCCAAAUCUGAGUUGGAUAAAUAUUUACGGGAUUCAUAUGAAGAUAACGAAGACAAGAAUUUUGAUAUCUUGACUUGGUGGAAGAUUAAUUUAGCAACAUAUCCAAUUCUUUCUUUAAUGGCAUGA